CUCGACUCACCCACAGAGACCCCGCUACUUCCACAGCGAUUUCUUACAUUUACUGGUCAGAGAGAGAGAAAGGCCCAGAGAUAAGAAGAGGUGAGUGACGGAGAGGGGUCGGCGAGUAGAUAGCUACAGAGAGGGGUCGGCGAGUAGAUAUACAGAGCUAUAGAGAGAGAGGAGUAGGAUGUACCGGAAGGACAAGAGUAUACAGAUGAAGAGCAGUGCCUCGGCUCUAUACAAUAACCUCAGUGUCCUGCCAAUCACUGACAAGAGUCUCACCUACUUCUCCGUUGUCCAUGGCAACACGGUCAAUAUGGUCAGCGCUUCCGCCGACGGACUCAACUUCUCUCAUCGACAACUGCAGUCCAAGGAGGGGAGUGUCACUGUUAGCUCCUCCCUCAUCAUGCAGGCAUCAUGGUGUGUUCUGCCAACGAGAGUACUGCUGGUUCUGACCUCACAGAAGGGAAUUCAGAUGUACGAAUCAGACGGCUCCAUUAUGGUCUACUGGCACGCACUCGAUGCCCUGGAAACCCCCCCAGCUCAGGCAGUGUUUGCCCGGGGUAUCGCUCCUGCCAGGGGUCAGUACAUCUGUGUAGGGACUUCCUCUGGAUUGGUCCUCGUCUUUGACAUCCCGGCCAAAGGCACCAACAUCACCCUGGCAGAGGUUCUGGCUGAGCACAGGGAACCCAUCACCGACAUUGCCAGUGACUCUGCUACAGACAAGGACAGCGCUGCGGAUCUGGUGACUGCUGAUGACUCCGGGGCCCUGUGUGUUUGGAAGUGUGGGGGGGGCGAGGAAUUCAAACUACUGAACAAGAUCUCUGCUUACGGGGUUUCCUGCUCCUCAGUGAAGUUGUGGAAUGGAGUCAUUGCUGCUGCUUAUGGAACGGGGCAGAUUCGGGUGUUUGAUGCGGCAACAGGGGCCCUAAAUGUGGAGGUGGAUGCACACGCCCGCUGGAUUUACACCCUCGAUAUUGCACCCGAGUCAGGGAAGCUUCUCUCUGGAGCAGAAGAUUCCUUCAUACAGAUCUGGCAGUUGAGCCGCUCAGACUGUGGGACAAUUGAGGUGGAGCACUGUCAUUCCGAGUGUGUGACCGACACACAGAUCUGCGGGGCCCGAUUCUGUGACCCCCAGGGGGGGAGCUUUGCUGUGACUGGCUACGACCUUGGUGAGAUCAUUAGAUAUGUACAGAUGUAACUCCGCCUUGCUGAUGCCGGAGCAGAGAACAUGGCGCCGUUCUACCCUCGUACAACUCGACUAGUGAGUUCUGCACUGUGGCUCCCAUGUUUCCUUCAAGAUUUGGGGGGGGGGGCAGAAACAAAGACAUUGGAACAGGAGAGUUUUUAGUUAUUACAUUUCAACUUUUAUUUUUGAACAAAUUCUGUGGAACUUGUGACCCCGUAUUUAGGGUUUAGCAACGUUAUCAAUCCCCUCCCAUAGUGUGUCCUGUAGAUACUGUAUCUCCCAUUGGGCCCCUGUGUCACCCCACAAUGAGUGUGACUAAGUCCAUGUCCCAGAGUUCCCUUGUGGUUAACUGGAUCAAGUCUCUGAUGUGAGAUACUAAAUACGUUCCCUCAGAAACCUGCAGAGAUGUUGCUACUUAGCUUCUGCCUUUAGAACAUCACUUAUUGGCCUCCUGGUGCCCCACCCACUCUACAUCUGCCUGGCCACCUUGUAUCCCUCACUUUCUCUGCCCCAAAGAAACCAGAUGAUGUAGGUGGCCAAGCUUAGCCAAUGAGGAUGGACAAGAAGAACAUAUUUCUUACAGCAGGUUGUCUUGCUGGAGAUGAGACUUCCAUGUGUAUCUAGUACCCUGAAUAAACCCAUCCUCAUCACAA